CACCGCCCUCAAGCCUUGGGCAUCCCAUUCCUUACGGCUCUGGAAAUAUAGACCGCAUGUGGUCUUUCCUUCCUGUCCUUUCCUUACUCCUCCUUGAGCUCGAUGCUCAUGUCCAUGCGCUCACCUUCGACGUCCAUGUGCGUCGACGCGCAAACGCCCUAACUGCUCGCGACAUUUCACAUAUCACCUCCGUCGCCAACACGCACAACUCAGAAUACAUUGCCAAUAUCACCCUCGGUGGUCGUCAAAUCCCCGUUCUGUUGGAUACCGGCAGCUCUGACCUAUGGGUGACUGGCUCGAUUCCGAACUCCAAAGAUGUCGGGAAAUCCGUUUCCCUGAGCUAUGCUGUGGGGAAGGCCGCAGGUGACAUAUAUACUGCAGACUUGCAGUUCGCUAACUAUACCGUUACUGACCAGGCAUUCUUGCUGGUCCAGGAUACCUCCUCGUUCUCGGUGGACAUUUCCUCACAGGGAUACGAGGGCCUCAUUGGCUUGGGUCCUAACACAGGAUCCGUUAUCCGGGACAAGAUUGAUGAUGCAACUGGAGACAGCGUGCUCGAUCGCAUUUUCACCCAAAAUACUACUAACGCCAACUAUCUUACCGUGCUGCUCAAUCGCGAAGGCGACCCAACAAGUCCCGCCACGGGUCAACUGACAAUCUCGGAGACGCUCCCCCAGUACCCCAAUAUCACGAGCAUGCCCAAGCUGCCCGUCACGAAGGUGCACAAGCUAACUGACGAAGACCAGCACUGGCAGGUAUUGACGGACGUGAAUGGCGUCAUUGGCCCUGACGGCCAACCCAUCCAAAUCGACUCGAUUGUCCCGAGUGCGCCCGAUGGCCAGCUUGUCGCGGUAUUCGAUUCGGGUUUCACCCUUCCCCAAGUGCCUCGUGCGAUGUCGGACGCCAUCUACGGACGUGUCCAAGGUGCAGAGUACAACGAGGCAUCGCAGGUCUGGACGGUGCCUUGCGACCAGCUCAUCAACUUGACGAUUAAGUUCGGCGGCAUCGAAUACCCCAUUCACCCUCUCGAUGUUUCGAGCAGCGAUUUCGACAUGGUCGACUCGACAGGUAACCCCGUCUGCGUCGGAACGUUCCAGCCGAUCACGUCGGCGUUCAGUUUGUUGGGAGAGUACGAUAUUAUUCUCGGCAUGGCAUUCAUGCGUAACACGUACACGCUCUUUGACUACGGCAACUUCAUGGAGAACACCGCCGCCGACCGCGGCGAUCCGUUCAUUCAGCUCCUACCUCUCACUGAUGUGAAUGCGGCGCACAAGGACUUCGUUCAAGUGCGGCUGAACGGGGUCGAUACUACCGGUAAUUCGGCGCACGCCCUCCUUCCCGCUUCCCAGAUGAAGCACUCGCCUAUCUCUGAGGCCGAGAAGAAGAAGCAGUACGAAGAGAUGAUCCUCAGUCGCUGGCCCUACAUUUUCGUCGGUUGCCUUGCAUUUGUCCUUAUCGUCGUUGGCCUCGUCGUCUGGCGCUGCUGCGUCAUCCGCCGCAAGAAGAGGGAAGCGAAGUCUAAAAGCAUACGUCUCCCCGACACAAGGCAGCGCUCCCCCGCCGCUCAUCAGGUCUCGUUCAUGCACGCCAACGACAGCGCGAUGGAGAUGGGGGACAGCAAGCCCCACUUCGACUCGGUCUACCGCGACUCCGAGUACCGGGCUUCCUACGCGUCCAGCCGCACCCGCGUGUGAUUCCUCCUCCGCUUGUGCGCAUCCAUGGACUCGUCCCCCGGGUCGCCACCUGCACUUCCGUGAAGAAGAGACUCGGACUUCGAGAAGUUGUGUUACUGCCUCCAUUGCCUCACCUAGCCUACGUCGUAUCCUACCUCCACCUCCGCUGCUGUAGCUCGAUCAUCGUCGCUCUGCCUCUGCUUGUCCCUCGCUCGCUUGCCUCCCUGUAUUAUACCUACAUAAUCUGUUGCUCGCAUCCUGCAGCGAUCCCGGUUUCUUGGGUACUUCUCAACCGCUGGCAGUCCCGCGUUCUUCGGGGUCUUUCCUUCUUUCCCCCUUCUGCUCUAAUACCACCGCAUAUCAUCUGGAGCAGCUAUCGUAGCUCGUACACUGCUUCAACUCCUUGAUAAUCUCUUCAUCGCGCCUGUGGACAGGCUGCUCGUUCCUUAGGUAGUCCGUCUGCAUCGCUACAGGCGUGUGGGUCCUUCCACCCUCUUACUUACGAUUUGUCAUUGUCUCGUUUCGAUCGUCUUGGGUUGGUCAUGUGUACAACAAUGAACAGGCAGGGUCACCUUGCUUUGCC